CCUGGCCUGGCUGGUCGAAGCACGGCAUCGAGGCCGUCGGCAGGAGCAACAAACGCACGUCGAAGCAGAUCGGAUAGAGAGACACGCCCAUUGCAUGCUGACCGAUGCAUCCGACGAGCGACUGGCGACGCGUGCUCUGAACGGCAUCCAAGCUGAACACGAACUCCUGGAGAGCUCUCCCCCUCCCUCCUCAGUCUCGCAGAGCAGUGCAGCGCGCGCGCUGAGACAGCAUGACUUCACCCACCACGACUGCCCGACCGCCUGCUGCUUCUGAACCCAGCGUCGACACAUCAUUCAACACCAGCGCCAGCGCCGCGCGAGACGAUGUGGAGUCUCCCUCGCUGACCAACGGCAAUGCGCUGGCCCGUUUCGAAUUCGAGCCCGGCCGCAGCAAAGAUGGGACGAAAGUGUUGAUGGUGGAAUGGGAAGAAGACGAUACCACAAAGAAUGUCCCUGGUGAUUGGGAGAUCAGCUGGGAGGGAAAGAGGACUGUCCUCCCUGCGCGAGAUCACACCACGCCCGCUGCCACAUCACAGCAACAGUCAGAUUCCGCUCCUGCUGAACUCCCGCCUGUAAACCGGCUGUACUUCCUCCUCGGUCCUGGCGUAGCGAUUCCCCCAACAGUGAAACUUCAAAAGGGACAUACGAUCACAUGGCGCACGAACCCCCUUCCAGCCAUCUUCUCCCCCGAACUAGGUGCUACAGCGCGACAAGCUGGCAAAAAAGGCGUCUUACACACCAUUUGGGCAAAGAAGCGAUUACAAGUCUUGCAGACAGAAAUCGAAAACGAAUUGAAAGAGAAUGUCGAAGGCAUCGGGUUAGAAAUGGCCACAGCAGAAAAGGAGUGGAUUGAGCAGAACUUUGGAGUUGUGGCCCGGACGGGAAAUCAAAUCACUGUACAAACGCAAGGGCAGAGUGCGAUGGGACUGGCGUUGAGUGGUUUGCAAGGGGCAGGUGGAGGACUGAAUAGUCCGACGAGUCCGAGGAGUCCGGGGGGUGGGAGGUUGAUGGAUAAAUUGAAAGGAUUGAAGUUGGGGACGAGUGCGUCGGAUUUGACAUCUGCUUCCGGUCCACAACAACAGCAAGGCGGACCUCCCGCAGCGGGAUCGGAGCAUAAUCCUCUAAGUCCUGAGGGAACGGAUGUUGCGGUUGGAGGGGGCUUUGGAGCUUUUGCUGCGUUGAAAGGGGCGGCGCCUCCGAGUAGUCUUGGUGUGAAAGCUCCGCAACAACCUGUCACAGCACCAGCUGCUCCGGCGAGGAAAUUUGUUGCGCAACGGCCUCCCGAGGCCUUUAUCGCGCAACAACGACAACAAACGGGUGGAAUGGGAUCCUUGGACGCGGCUUUUGCUCCUCCUCCUGCAAGCAGUGAGAACGUCGCUUUCACUGGCACGGCUGCGCCAACAACAGACGACGAUGAAGAUGACUUAUUCGCUCUUCCGAUGUCUCCGCGAAGUCCAGAAAUGACGAAGAGUCCGUUUUCGUUCGCGAAGCAGGAUACGAUGCGGUAUCUGAAGGAGGAGACGACUGCAGGGACGGGUUCUUAGCAGCCUCUCCUCAAAGGGGCGCGUUUAUGUUCGAUGAUGAUGGAUAUGAGUAUGCGAUAUAUGACUAUGAGUAUAUGGUUGAAGGAUUUUUCUUCGAUGAGCUGCGAUGAGGAAGGCACGGCAUGAAUAGAUUUCGCGAGGAAGGGAAGUUUGGCAUUGAGUUGGGUUUGUGAAGGAAAAGAGGAAAAGAGGGAAAGAGGAGGUGGAGGCGUUGUUAUCACCGGUUGAGAGAGAGAAAAAGAUAUCAUACCCCCCCA